UUCCUUCUCCCCCCUCUUGUUGUUUCCCUCCUCAGACCUCAGCUUCGGUUACUUCGAACCUUGAUAAAAGCCGGCCGUCCCCAACUCCUGGCUUCUCACAGACAGAGCACGCACGGCACGCACGCCCAGCAGCCCCGGCCGAUACGCAGAGAGCGAUAGAGGCGAGGCGAGGAGCGAGAUAGGAUUGAGCGGAAGAUGAAGGCCAAGAACAGCGCCACCGCCGCCACCGGUGACAGGAGGCCGGUGAUAACAAGGUCGAUACUCCUCCUCUGCGCCUUCAGCUUCGGCCUCGGCAUGCUCUUCACCGACCGGUUCGGGACGGUGCCGGAUUUGCGGAACCCGGGGAUGACGCAGAGAAGGCGGCUGGAAGGGGAGCCGAAGAAGAUUGUUACUGAAGAUUUUGUUGCCAAGGCGAAACCCAGUAAUGACAGGGAUGUGAUGGGGGAAGUGUCAAAGACUCAUGAGGCCAUACAGUAUUUGGACAAGUCAAUUGCCACACUACAGAUGGAGCUGGCAGCAAGGCGCAGCAAGCAUGAGCUGCUUGGGAUUGCAGAUGGAACAAGGCAGGAACGGAAAAAGGCUUUUGUCGUUAUCGGGAUCAAUACCGCCUUCAGUAGCAAGAAGCGACGGGAUUCUGUCAGGGAGACCUGGAUGCCUCAAGGCGAGAAACUCAAGAAAUUGGAAGAGGAAAAGGGGAUUGUCAUUCGAUUUAUGAUCGGGCAUAGCACUACAUCGGACAGUGCCCUUGAUAAGUCUAUAGAUGAGGAGGAUGCUGUUUAUCACGACUUCCUUAGGCUGGACCAUGUCGAAGGAUACCACAAGCUAUCUGCGAAAACCAAGACAUUCUUUUCCACUGCUGUGGCCUCAUGGGAUGCAGACUUCUACGUCAAGGUUGAUGAUGAUGUUCAUGUAAACCUAGGAAUGUUCAUCACAACUCUUGGCCGGCAUAAAUUGAAACCGCGGGUCUACAUUGGUUGUAUGAAGUCAGGACCAGUUCUUUCCGACAAAAAUUCGAAAUACCAUGAGCCUGAGUUCUGGAAGUUUGGAGAAGACGGGAACAAAUACUUCCGCCAUGCCACCGGGCAGAUAUAUGCCAUCUCAAAGGACCUUGCCACCUACAUCUCAGUCAACCAGCCCCUACUGCACAAAUACGCAAACGAAGACGUGUCGCUGGGAGCAUGGUUCAUCGGGCUAGAUGUGGAGCACGUCGAUGACAGGGACAUGUGCUGUGGAACACCACCAGAUUGCGAGUGGAAGGCACAAGCAGGGAACGUCUGCGUAGCAUCGUUCGACUGGCGGUGCAGCGGGGUCUGCAACCCGGUCGAGAGGCUGAAGUAUGUGCACUCGAGGUGCGGCGAAGGAGACGAGGCAAUCUGGGGCGCCUCAAUCUGACAAGAUGAAAACUAGCAGCUAUUCACUGGCUUGCUGGCAAGAGAAAGUAUGAUUUAGGAGUCCGGUCCAGGUAUAGCCCUAAACUAUGAAGAUCAUAGCUGCCUCUAGUAAGGCUCUCCGAGUGUGAGCUCAGAUCAAAAUGGGGAGAGGCGAAGAGAAGAAAAGACUUGCAUAUCUGAUAAAGAAACAUGGGAAUACUGGACGGACACACCAUUUCUUUUUUCUUUCUCUCUUGUGUAUCUUGUUGAGAUAGAGGUUUACUGCCAUACAGAUGCAGGGGUUUGUUUGGAGUAUACAUGAUGAUUUUCAUGGUACAUAAACAAUAAUAUUCCAUUC